CCCGGUGCGGUCCUGCUGCCUCCUCCGGUCCUCCCGUGCUGUGCAGACAUGGUGGACUCUCCCAGCGCCACCAAGAAGACUUUCUCCGCGCCGGAGAUCAGGUCGCUGGACCGGUACGACUUCAACCGGGCCAAGAUCUGCGCCAGCGUGCGGUGGCUGCUGUCCAAGUCGUACGGAUGCGCAGAAAAUGUUCCUGUGGAGCUGAGAGAACCACUUUACAAGGACCAGUAUGACCAGGAGCACCUCAAGCCCUCCGUCUCCAAGCUGCUUCUCUCCCCGGAGAUUUACUGCCGAGCUCAGGCCCUGCUGGCUCAGGCGCAUGUGGCCUCCCUGCCAGCGUCGCAGGGCUCCCCGGCCGACAACUCAGCCCUGCUGCAGUUCCUCAUUAAGAAAGGUUUCGCUCCAAAGGUCCAGGAUGCAGACGUCACGGAGGCCGACCUUAGCAACACACCCAUCAAGACGAAAGCUCAUCUCGCCCUCAUCGACUCGCUGAUGUCGCUGGCUGCCAAAGAGACGGUGGGCCAGGUGAAGAUGGCGGUGGAGGCCGAGCAGAUCGGAGUCGGGGCUCCGUGGGAGAACUCCAUGCUCUUCUGGGUCAACAGGUUGAACCAGAAGUUGAGAGAAAAUACAGAAGAAGAAGAGCUCCCCAAAUCACAGACGUGUACAGACCUGCAGCCUGUCCAAGACACGUGUCAGUCCACCCGCUGGUACUGGAAACUAGUCCCUCAUGCUAUCGCUUUUUGUUUGAAGGAGUCGGGGAAUAAGCCACCAGUGAUCCGCUAUAAGAAGGACAAAGUGCAGUCCAAGUGUACUCCUACUUUUCCGCUGGUUUCUGCGGUCAAAGAUCUAUCUAAUGGCUGCGCGAUAGCUGCGGUGAUGCACUACUACUGCCCAGACCUGCUUCCUCUAGAGGAUGUGUGUUUGAAGGACACCAUGUCUGUGGCGGACAGUGUCUACAACCUGCAGCUGAUCAAAGAGUUUUGUGAGAACAGUUUACAGAGCUGCUGCCCCCUCGCUGUGGAAGACCUGCUUUACGCUCCACCCGCUCUGCAUCUGAACAUCACGAGCUUCAUAGCAGAGCUGCUGCACUGGUUUGAGGUUAAGAAGCCUGAUUUUGUCCAGCCAACGCAGCCCAUCGACCUCACAGAUGUUUCAGGAUUACUGGACUGUACCAGUCCUGUCAGCGGGAAUAGCAACAGUGGGUCUCCUGCGUUCAUCUUCAAACAACCAUUUGUUCCCAACCCUUCCGCAAUGUCACCAGAAAACAAAAGUUGGAGAAAGAAACAAAUCAGUCGUCCUCUGUCAGCAGUGACUUUCAGCAUCCCAUUUGGCCUGGACAGUGAUGUUGACAUUGUCAUGGGAAACCCAAUCGAUUCUGUCUUUCGCUCCGUCAGCACUGACAACCUGACCACCGGCAUCUCUGCAAUGACCUCGCCUGCGACGGCAGCGGGGAUGACUUGUGUCCCCUACAGCCCUCCGGAGGACCUCAGCCACCUGGUCAGCGCUUCAGUGCCAUCGCAGCGGUCUUCCUGGGGUCCUUAUGCACACACAGCACCGAUGGGAGAGCUGGCAACCAUCGAGGAAGCACUACAGGUGGUUCACACGCCUGGCAACAAAGACUGGAAGCAGACAAGAACAGCUGAGAAAAGAGGGAAGGACGUGUUAACGAGUAGGCCCGAGCCCAGAUUGCGUCCUGAAGGAGCACCUGCAGGUUUCUUUCUGCACUGCCCCGAAGAGGAGAACCCCCAGCUCAGUAGCUCUGCUCCCUGUCGCUCAGGACUUCUCCAUCAGCCAGUAGGUGGGGAGGCUGGGAAUACUGAAAAACCAGGUAGGAGGGAAAGACCCGGACGAAGCUCUGAUAUGUCGAGGGAUGACGACUCUGUUCUACGAGAUGGUAGCAUUGACUCCUCUGAAGCAUCCGACGAUACUCCUAGAAACGUCCCCGGUAAUAUUCGGCCCAAUGAUGGUCGAACAGGAAACCACAGUACCAACAACAGUCCACGCAUGACAAGCUUCGCUGAGCGACGAGACAACCGGAGAAGACAUCCUGCCGCUCCCGGGGAAGAGUCGGUUUCUUCUCCAACCCCAACGACUCCAGGAACUCCACACACUCCCUCUACGCCCGCGUGUUCCUCCAGCCACCAGGAGAGCCCAGGUCCCAGAGGCCCCGAGUCGGGCCUUGAGGCCUGCGAGCUCGGUGCUCGCCUUGAGGAGAAACGGAAGAGCAUCGAAGCUCAAAAGAGACGCAUUGAAGCCAUUUUUACCAAGCACAGACAGAGGCUCGGAAAAACUGCUUUCCUUCAGCUGAAAAGAGAGCAAGGAGAGGGAGGGGGGGAGAAGGCCGAGGAGGAUGAGUUGACCCUGGAGGAGCGCCUCACGUGCAUGGAAGAACAACUGAAACAGCAGGAGGAGAAAGAGGACAAAGAAGGAGAGAAAGAUAAGCCAUUAGUUUCCAACCCUCCUCGGCUAGAGAAACAGGUCACAUUCUCAAUCGAAAGUAAGAAAGGAGCGGAGAAAGAAAAAGCGGCUGAGAAAGCAGGCGAGGGCCCCAUAUUGGAAUAUAAUGAAGUGGUACAGAAACUGAGUGAAGCGCUGCAGUCGCUCCAGAAGGACAUGCAGAAACUUACUGAGCAGCAGCAGCAACUCAUGAGCAACCAAAGACCCAGAAACACACCCAAACCCACUCCCAAAUCCAUGAGGAGUAAUGUCAAAACACCACCCAGAACCCCACCUCACACCCCAACAAAGACACCGCCAAGGACCCCAACAAGGACCCCAACAAGGACCCCAACGAGGACCCCAACGAGGACCCCAACAAGGACCCCAACGAGGACUCCUACCAGAAGCAGCAAUAAAGUGAUUCCUGCUGCGCCCAAUCUUCCCUCGGGUUCUUCUCCAUCACGAAGGUCUCACGUUCCUUCUUCGAUCACCUCCCCCAAAACUAUUGUUUCUUCCUCCUGUCCAGCUCCUCUUACUAAAAUUCACUCUUCCUCCACACCGCGCAGCCCCAAACACACACCCCGCCCCCAGAAUCAGCGCCACCCACGGCCCUCUGAACUCAAAUUCCCCCCCCUCAACCGUGCCUUGGCACCGACUCACAAUGUGGACACGCUCCCCCACCUGCGGCGCGUGUCACCCAGCAAGUGCCAGGUCCAGACCUCCUCCUCCUUCCGUAUCGGUGGACCCCGAACUCCUCAGGAGUCUCCUCAGCCUGUCCAGCAGCCACAGCCGGAUGAGAGCGCCUCAGAGACCGGCUCCAGCGAGACACCCACCCAGUUCAGCCUGGAGUUGGAGCAGGAAGAAUCCGAGGCCGUAGGCGGGCUGCCCGUCCUACCGCGGUCCAGACACGACCGGCCCAGGGCUGCGGGAGGGAGCAGCUCUGGAGCUCCUUCUGAGUGCUCGUUCGAGAGCGACACUUUGUCCCUGUCAGCUGCGUACAGUGCAGGAGGUGAAGGAGGAAGAGGUGCCAAUGCUGCAGGAAAGACCUACAGCCUGACCGAGGGGUCGGUUUCCCCUUGUGGAGGGCCAGAAGGGGGCAGUGAUGAGCCGACCGAUGAAGGUCAAGAGUUUUCCUCUGAUUCCAUGAGUGAUCACACAGAAUCUGCUGCUGAAUCUGCUGCUGAAGCUGCGAGAGGACUCGCUGCAGAACCCUUGGAUCCGAUCAGACAGCUGAAUCUGACAGCAGAGGCCGGGGAUCCGCCACAACAACAAACCGAAUCCAGAGGGGAGCCGGCCAGGACCCUGGAGCCCAGUGGGGAGCAGAGCGAGCUGGCAGCCAGAGGAGGGAUUGGAUUCUUCUUUCAGGAGGAGAUACACAGCGAAGGAGAAAUGGCCCAGCGUAGAGCACUGCUGCUAGAAAGACAGCAGAAGAGGAAGGAGGAGCUGAAGAAGAGGAAACAGUGGCCUGAGCAAGACAGAGAUAUCAGGCCAGCAUCUUCAGCUUCUCCCUCAAACACACCUCCCACAAGCUCGACCUCACCAUCCGUCACGCCUCCGGCUACUCCAGCUCGCCGUGGAGAUUUCACACGAGGAGAGUACGCACGACGGCAACAGCUCCGAAUUAUGCAAGACCUGGAUAAAGUCCUUAAGCAGAAAUCAACCAAUCCAGGCCGAUCAUCCGCUAAGAAAACCCACUCGCGACCUCGCAGCAUGACCAGAGAGGAAACGAAGCUGUCUCUGAGUCCAGCCAAAGGAGCAACUGGCUCCAAGUUGACAAAAGUCUACUCUCACUCCUCACUCAACCUCGCAGCCACUGAUGAGCCAGCGGGCAAUGGUAGUGAGCCCACAAAGAAACCCCAGAGCAGCCUUACUGAUUCACCUUCAAAAUGUACGACACCAAGCAGACUAAUAAACCAGAAUGGCGACAAGGACUGGGAGUCUGGUUCCACCGGAACCUCGCCUGCCCCAGAAUACACAGGUCCAAAACUCUUCAAAGAACCGAGCUUUAAGUCCAACAAGUUCAUCAUUAACAAUGCCCUCUCUCGCUGCUGCCUUGCUGGGAAGGUCAACGAGACACAGAAAACCAAGAUAGUUGAGGAGAUGGAGAGGAGUCCUGCCAAUCACUUCCUCAUCCUCUUCCGUGAUUCCAGCUGUCAGUUCAGAGGCGUUUACACCAUGAACCCGGACUCCCAGGAGCUCUCACGACUGGCUGGCGUGGGCCCGCGGACCGUCAGCUCCACCCAGGUGGAGUCCAUGUACAAAUACAGCUCAGACAGGAAGCAAUUCAGUGCCAUCCCCUCCAAAACCUUAGGCAUGAGUGUAGACGCCUUCACCCUCCCCAGCCAUCUUUGGCACGGUGGAGCAGGAGCAGCAGGCGGAGGAGGAAACAGGAGAGCCAGUAUUACUAAGAAAAUGGCCAUUGCCAAGUGAGGACCAGAACAUGACGCCACAAAAGAGUCCCCACUAUAAUUACAAUGUAAUUACAGUCAAAACUAGUCGAAUGCAAAAAGUAGCUAUCCAUGUGCACAUAGAUUGGUCCACAUGUGUGCUUCGUACACCAUUGACUUCUCUUGUCCUUUGUCCAUUGUAGGAAUAAAAUUAAAAAAUCCACAUAUUUCUCUUCCCAUUUAUGUCCACAGAAAUGUCUCCUGUACAACUUUGAGAGAAUAGCUGGACGAUUGUCCAGAGGAGGGUUUUGUAAAUUGGUAAUUGCAUUAAGGACGGUUAUUAAAGAAGGUGUCAUACAACCAAUAUACUUUAAUUGUUUGAAGUACAAAUCUAGACCUUUCUUUUGAAAGAAAAUGUAACGCUAUUGAGUCCUACACCGGAAAAACCCCGACACUCAUAGAACUCACGGUUCUGUGGCCUGAAGUCCUUCAAUUUAAGCUCCAUUUUAUACGAAAACCCCAACAGAAGAGAAAAUGCCUUCGCGCCAGAGUGACUGGGACUUUUAUUUUGUAUGGAAUGAAUUCUGCCUAUAACUGCUGGUUGGAGAAUGAAAGCACAUUUCUUUUGCAAACUGAAGUAUAGCCAUAUGCGUGUGAUGUGGAGGUAAACUUCGUCCGAUAUUGCAAGACUUUGCUGCUGUUGUGGAUGUCGGUAAAUGUGUCCGUGGUUUUCAGAGGAUUACCACAGCAUGAGGUUUUUAUUUACUGUGUGCGAUAUAAGCUAAUUUCAAAAUAAUAUUGAAUUGAAAAAUUGUGGUUUGAUGAAAGUGAUGGUUUACGAGCAUUAGAUGCCAGUUUAAACAUCUUUAUGUAAUGAACUAGUAUAGUAUGGUUGAUGACAUUUAGAUCUACCUGGACUGUGACACUAGUGGGUAGGGAUGGGUGACAAUAGCCAUUUUCAUUUCAAACUCAUUUCUAAGCUCCAGCGCCACUUAACCCUCUCAUGAGUCUCAUUCACAAGUGAUCUUUUACGUCCUUGAGAAAAAACUUUGUGGUAUAAAAACAAGUGCUAACUCAGGGAAAUUGUUGUUAACUAGUUUGCUUGAUUGAACACAGCUAAAACAAACUAAAAUGUACCAAAAAAAAAAUCCAACUGUCUCUGUUAGAUGUUCCAAGUAUGUAUACAUAGACUACAUAUGAAUAACCUUGUGUUGCUGUAGACUCAAGUAAAUAGUUUGUUUUCCAAUCUAAUAGAUUAUUGAGAAUGUGUUGCAACAAAUUUAAAUGUAGAAGUACCUGAACUGCCAUGCCUUUUAGUUGGAAUGGGUUUUUACAUGGCAACAAGAGGAGAAAUGAGUCAGGACCGGGUUAAUGUGUGUCUAAGAGCGCUGACAACAUGCUGGAGUCAAAUCAAAAAAGUUAAUUUUUUAAAACAACAAAAGAUCCUGUGAAGGACUGAGUUGAGGUUUGUUGAAAUGCUGUUGAAGGCCAUCCCAACCCUUGGUAGAGCACACGCCGCUAAUUGGCAGGGUACAAACCAGCAUACAUGUAUGAAGUGACAAACAUGAUUAAACCACUUCU